GUUGUGAAGGGCUGGUCCACACAGUCAGGCGCGUGUUUUUGGGACAGUGCGAGAAGCAGGAAUCCGAGGAAAUGUGGUGAUCCAUCAGCAGGUGAAGAGGGGAAUUGGUGCUGGAUAAGCCGGUUUAUUCUGUUUACAUGCAGCAUGAUUCCUUCAGUUCUAGGACUGCUGAUUUCAAGAAAGUCUCGGAGCAGCACGCUGCACCAUAACAAGCAUCCUUUGGUGAUCGUGUAGACCGCAGCCGCAGUGGCCAGCAGCAGCAGCAUCCAUGGCCUAAACACGGAGCCCUAAAACAUCUGACGGCCCGUCGUACGAGGGACACGGGGACUUUAAACCCGAGGGUUUUGGAGGCCGGAAGACUGUUUUUGUUUGGUUUCGUUUUUUUAACAUCUCUCCAUCUGGUAACCAGGGGCUUCUCUCCUCCCCUCCUCCCAUUUCAGGCUCCUUGGAGAUAGAGGAAUGCAAAUCUGCAAUCAUGAUGGAAGGAUUGAAAAAACGCACCAGGAAGGCCUUCGGGAUACGGAAGAAAGAAAAGGACACUGACUCUACGGGGUCACCAGACAGAGAUGGUGGAUCACAGAAAAAGACCAAUGGGGCUCCAAAUGGCUUCUACGGGGAGAUUGACUGGGACAGAUAUAACUCACCUGAAUUAGAUGAUGAAGGAUACAGCAUCAGGCCAGAUGAGGAAGAGGGAGCAGUCUCCAAAGAGAAGACUCACUUUUUCUCGUCCAGCGAGUCUGAAGAAGAGGAGGAUCACCGCAAAAAAUUUAAGAUCAAAAUCAAACCCCUGCCAGCAGACGCUAGCUUUGCGGCUCCCUCGGUAGAUGAAUUAAAAGCCUCCAUAGGCAACAUAGCUCUGUCUCCCUCGCCUCUGAGGAAUAGUCCGAGACGUAGCCCGGGGCUGGCAAAAAGAAAUCCCUGUGAUGAAAUUGCGCGGCCGAGGCGUGCUGUUCCAACACCUGCACCAGUUUCUGUCCCUUCCCCAACACCUGCACCCAUGGCCCCUCCAGAGCCUGCUAGUAAUAAGAAAUCUCCAGUGCCAGAGGAAACAACAGCCUUAUUCGGCCCUCCGCUGGAAACAGCCUUUGAUGAGCAGAAGACCAGUGAAGAGGUGAUAGAGGAACCUGAGGUUUGGGGUGCACCCCUGCCUGAACAACACCUAGACGCCUCUCUGGCAAGACCUUUUCCUACAGGAACUCUGCCUCCGCUUCCGCCUAAGAAUGUGCCGACCUCCCCCCCACCGAUUGAAUCUCCUACUACAGAACCUACUGAUGUUCAGAAGGAGGGGGGAAAUUCAAGACAGACUUCACAGAGGCCCUCUAUAGCUGAUUUGGACAACAUCUUUGGUCCAGAAAACUCUCCUAAACUUAGUCAAGAUAUUGAAGACAAGUGGGUCUGCUUCAACGACGAGUCACCUGAAAGACAUUCUCCUCCUUUGGAGGGAGAGCCAGCACUCCCGUCAUCUCCACCACCCCCAGCAGCACCAGCUCCCCCUCUACCUAAAUCACCCCCUCCACUGGAUGAACCAACCCCGCCUUUACCAAAAUCUCCACCUCCUCCUUCAGAACCUGCACCCUCUCCACCUGCCUGUGAGCCACUAAGGGAAAGCCCCCCACCUGUUCCCAAAGACACCACUCCUUCUCCUCCAACUGUCCCUCCUCCUCCAGUUGAAGAGGCCCCACUUCCUCCAACACCAGACAUGGUUUUUCACACCACCACAGACUUUUCACCAUGUGCUCCUCUGACAGAGACCCAAUCAAACUCAACCAAUAGCCCACCAAACAUUGUAGAGACAAGUGCACGUACAAUCCCAUCACCCUUGGUUCUGAGCCAAGAAGAGGUAAAGAGCCCUGAUGAAACCCCAUCAAAAGAGGACCCAAGUGAGAGCAGCACUUCACCCAAAGAGACUGGUCAAGGACCACGUUCUACACCUCCUCCUCCUCCACCUCCCACAUACAGGGCAGUAGUGUCAUCUCCAGGACCGGUCCCUCCAGCUUCUGCAAGUGGAAAUGAAAGUGGCUUCUCCUCCCCUGCACGUCCCUCAACGCCACUGGCUACCAGCAGCUCCCCCCCACCCCCUCCCCCACCUCGGCCACCCUCACGACCCAAACUGCCUCCUGGGAAACCAAGCAUAGGGGACGUGAAUCGGCCAUUCAGCCCCCCUGUUCACUCGUCAAGCCCCCCUCCUUUGGCACCGCUGGCCCGUGCGGAGAGCACUUCUUCUAUCUCCUCCACCAACUCUCUGAGUGCCGCCACUACACCCACCGUCGGUAAAGAGCUCUCCGUGUCUGUGUCAGAAGAUGACGCUUUUGUAGACAAACUUCCCAGCUUUGAGAGACGGGCAGAUAUUCCAGCAGAGACAGACCAGCCCUCCCUCGUGUGGUUUGACAGAGGCAAGUUUUAUUUAACCUUUGAAGGCUGUUCUCGAGGGCCCAGUCCCCUCACCAUGGGGGCCCAGGACACCCUGCCUGUGGCUGCAGCUUUCACAGAGACUGUCAGUGCCUACUUUAAAGGAGCUGACCCUAAUAAGUGUGUGGUGAAGAUCACCGGAGAGAUGGUGUUGUCCUUCCCAGCAGGCAUCACUCGGCAUUUUGCAAAUAACCCUUCGCCUGCUGUGCUAACCUUCAGCAUAACCAACUACAGUCGUCUGGAACACGUCCUUCCUAACCCACAGUUACUCUGCUGUGACUCCACACAGCCCAAUCCAAACUCAAAGGAGUUCUGGGUGAACAUGCCAAACUUGAUGACCCAUUUAAAGAAGGUGGCGGAGCAGAAACCACAGGCAACCUACUACAAUGUAGACAUGCUGAAGUAUCAGGUGUUACCCAAGGGUCCUCAGUCCACUCCACUGAAUCUGGCCGUGAGCUGGAGAUGUGAGCCCACCAGCACUGACCUGAGGAUAGACUAUAAAUACAACGGCGGGGCCAUGACCACUCCUGUGGCCCUCAACAAUGUCCAGUUCCUCAUCCCUGUGGACGGAGGAGUCAGCAAACUGCAAGCUGUGCUUCCUCCGGGUGCCUGGAAUUCAGAACAGCAGAGAAUUUUAUGGAAAAUUCCAGAUAUUUCACAAAAGUCUGAGAAUGGAGGUGUGGGCUCUCUGCUGGCCCGUUUCCAGCUGACAGAGGGUCCCAGUAAACCAGCCCCGGUGGCAGUGCAGUUCACCAGUGAGGGCAGCACUCUGUCUGGCUGUGACAUUGAGCUGGCUGGCCUUGGCUAUCGUUUUUCCCUCAUCAAAAAGAGGUUUGCAGCAGGAAAAUACAUGGCAGACAACUAAACACCACCUCUGACCCAUGCAAGUCUGCAUAUUUUGGACCAAUUCUGAAUCUUUAAACACAGGACAGAUGUGAAGCCUGACCCCUACCUGACCUUAUGGAUGAACCUUUGUAGAUGUGCGCAACAGGUGGAUCCUCACACACUCCAGCAGUAUUAUAUAAGUUGCAUUCUAAAUGAUAAAAUGUGGACCGUUUUAGGGUGUACUUCUUAUAUUCGUGAACUGUAUUCACUUUGCAGCAUCCGUAUUACGGCCUGGGUUUGUUCGUAAGGUUUUAGCCUCUUCUUUCUCUCCGACGUGUUAUUGGCUGUGCCUACCUGAACCUGAAUUCUCUCUACAAGUGAUACUAAACAUGUGGUGUUUUUCUUACUCUAUGCAUUCAGUUUGUCAAAAGUAUCACCUUUUCGAACAAGGUAGCAAAUUAGUACAACAGACUGACUGUCUAAAAGAGGAAUGAGCCUUGGCCACAAGAUGGCGCUAUACUGUUGCAUGUAGUUUAAGGUCUGCGCCGGGAUUUGGUGUCGCUCAUGCACAUCAAGUCAUGAAAAUGUAUUCAGGAAAAUCGCAUUUAAUUCACUCAGUGCAGUCAGGUGCGUUAAUUGGAGAAUAAAAGAAUAGAAAUUCUAUUUUGUUGAAACUCUUGGAAUUUUUAGACAGCCACUGCUUUAAAAAGAAAAAUCCUCCUGCUUGCAAUAGACAGACUUAAUUUUCCUCAACAGAAAAAAAUCAAUAUAAAUAUAUAUAAAUAUAUAUAUCUUGAAGGCCGUUUGGUGUUUCUCGUAUUGUUAAAUAGCCUUUCCGUUGUUCCCAAGGGGAGCAGUGCUAGACAUCAGAGUCCAUGACAUCAUUCUAUUUUUAUUUAUUUCAUAAUUUGUUGUAUAUAUAUAUAAACAAAAAAAGAAACCAGUUAAAUUGUAUAUGAAUAGACUUUGAAUGGUAUCAUACUUUAGGAGUUUUUGACUUUUUGUUAUCUGUGUAGUUGGGUAAGCUGUGUACAGUAUAAUGCCGAGGUAUCAUUUUUAAAUUAAUUUCAGAUAUAAUUUUUUAAAACUCAAGCGCAACAGAAAAUAUAGGGUAUA